AUGAGUCUGGCUGCGAACAGAACAAGGCGGAAGACAGCGGCCACGGAAUUGCCGACGGAACGAAAUGGAGAUAUCGGCGCUACCCCAACAAGCACAAAGAAGCCAAAGGACAAACAGCGACGAGCGAAAGCUAAGAGAAUCUCUAUGCACGACGUAGAUUUAUCUGGGUUCGCUUCAUCGUCUCCUGCGCCGACUCAGCUGAGAAAGUCGAUUGUCGAGCAGCGUGUGCCGAUUUCCACGCUGGCGCAACGGGCAAAGAUACUCAAAACACUGUCACAGGAUGUUUUGAGCCAGGUACUCGAUCCAAUCACUGGGACAAACGACAUCUCCGUUCUCAAGACAUGGCAUACGUAUCAAACGUUUAAACACAACACUUUUACCGAAAAUAACUUUAUUUCUGUUUCUCAAGUUCUCAGCGGACAAAGGCCCAGCUCAGAUACUGCGCGUGCAAUCACUCAAGGCGUUAGAAUGUCCAAUAUUACUACUUUUGCUGCAAUUGUCCAGCAACAGCAAACAACUAUCGAAACUGGUGGCGCAAUUUCUCCCGCUGUUGAUCUCAAAGAGGCUUGGGCGGCGUUCCUUGGCCACGUUGUCCCCACUGACUCCAAGCUGCGUAAGAUACACAUGGACUAUCAGAUAGAUCUAGCAACCCAAGUCUACAACAUCAACCAGCUCAAGGUGCAACACAUGCAAAGAAUCAGACCUGUAAGCGCUAUGGUACAAACAGAGGCCGUCAAAGAGGCUGUUCACGAGCUCUUUAACUGGAAAGGCACUGUCUGGAAUAACAGGGUGGAUGCCUCAAGAUUAUCAACUCAGCUGCAAGCACAUUUCGAGAAACUGGCGAAGGAGCGCAUGAUGGUCUUGCGUAUCCCUGUAGACAGACUUGAUCACGAGUUCCCGUAUGAGAAGUUCAAGGGGAGUGUGAUGAACUUUGCUCAGCAAGUUUGGGACGAUAUAUACAACGAUGCAAAUCACACUACAGACAGAACAAUUUUCGAAGACGAUAGAUCGACUGGUCUGGGAAGGUCAUCUCAGCAGAAUCUAAGCCAGGUGCAGCAAAAAACUCCAAAGCAAAGCCAGAUGCAAACUCCGAGAAGGAAAACUACUCUACAGAAAACUCCACAGACUGGGACUAGGAAGAGUCCUCGACAGAUUACACAGCAACUUGAGCAAUCUCCUCAGCAGAUUCAACAGCAAAGGCAGUUUAGUCCACAGCAAUUUCAACAAACCCUUCAACAAACCUCUCUGUCAAAUCUACAAACUCCAGAUACUCCUCCGAUGCCGCAACUGUCUCCAACCCACGUCGAUCGCAGCCUGCAACAAGAGAUCGAUCUCAUCAAUCUGGAUGUGGACAAGCACACCGAUACCGUUAAUGACAGCAUCUUCGGUGAACAUUUUGACCAAACCAUAUCGAGCUUCUCCAACAUUUUUGAUGAACCACCUCAAGGCGAAUCUACGCUCUAUUUGCAAAGUACUCCGGACAGGCGUAGACAGCAAGGGUCUGUCCGUCUGGAAGAUAGAUCGCGAUCGCCUAUCAGUGGAAGAGACAUCGAUCUCGAUCAGCUCCUCAACCAUCAACACCACAUCAGCAGCGACGCUUUUAUCAAUGCAUCCAAUGUGUUUACACAAUCAGAAGCAAGUGCAAAUGCGAAUGCAAAUGUAAACACUUCGCAAGAAACCGCUCACCGUCAUUUAAGGAGUGCUCGCGACAGCGUUGUGCGUAGUAUGGCAGACCACAUCCCACCAUCAUCGCAAGAUCAGCAGGGAAUGCGUUCUUCAUUGCUUCCGCCAUCUAACCAGAAAGAAAAGGAGAAGGAAAUUGGACUGAGAGCAUCGUUGCAGAAUGAAAGCGCGACUGAUUUUAAUGGCGUGGCUCUUUCGUUUAGACGGCGGUCGCCAGUAGUUGAAGCGCGAGAGCAGGCUUCAGCAGAUGUGCCAAUGAACAUUGACAAUGAUACUCCGACAGAUGAAUCCCUUAGAUUGAGGGAGGGGGCUACUGAGAAACAUGAAGAGACCAAUAGACUUAGACAGGAAGCUGAAUCUAUUAGACUGAAAGAGGAAGAAGCUAACAGGCUGAGCCAAGAGGCUAAGGCUAAAGAGCAACAAGAAGCUGAAGCUAGAAAGCAGCAAGAAGAUGAAGCUGUCAGACAUAGACAAGAGACCGAGGCUAGAAGACUGCAAGAGGAAGAUGAUACCAGAAAGAAACUAAACGAAGAGGAGGAAAACAGAAAGAGGCUUGAGGAGGAAAGUGAUAAAAGAAGGCUGGAUGAAGAGACCAAUAUUAGACUUGAGGACGAGCAUAGAAGAAAAUUUGAGGCAGAGAAUAGAGAGAGACAAGAGGAUCAGACUAGAAAGAGGCAAAAAGAAGCUGAGCAGCAACAUUUAACGAAUGAGAGAGCUGAGGCUGCUGCUGAAAAAGAGAGACAAAGCCUAGCCUCCGACUCUGCACUCGAAGUGGAGCGUUUACAUCGGGAAGAGCAGGCGCGAAACAUGCUUUUAGCUCAAAAAUCUCAAUCAGACAGGAUCCCCAGUGCUUCAACACCCUCAGAAGGGCCUGAAAGGUUAUCUCAACAAAUCUCUGAGCAACUACCUCAAUCACCUCGACAAACAUCCGAGGAACUAUAUCAAGGAAUAUCUCAGCAGUUAUAUCAAACUAUGUCUCACGAUCCUCAGUCAGCGUGGAUCUCAAAUUAUUCGGCUCCGCUGGAGGUAAUUGAGGAGCCACAGCAACAAUCUUCUCAGCAUCCAACUCAGCAAACGUCUCAAGAGCCGGAUGAGCAACUAUACCAACAACUGGAUCAACAACUUUCCCACCAAAUGUCCGAUCAACUAUCAUCUGUGCAGCCUUUCCAGCAACCAACUCAAUCAACCGAACCAACUCAACGGUCUCCACGAUCUCCACAAACCCAACCAACCCAACAAUUUCAACCGUCUCCACAAAAUAAACCAGUUCAACAAACUCCACAAACUCAACAGUCUCCAUCCACAAGUUCCACACACCCUUAUAAUACUGCGCAACCCGUAAAAGCCAAUUCAACUUCGGUAGAUGUUAAUGAGGAGGAAACUGUGGACAAUAACGUCAAGGAAAUCAUGAAGGAGCCAUUUGUAGCUCAACCACAAAGAAGAGUCGAAGACGAUCUAUUGAAUCACUUGGAUCUACUACCUGACCACUCAGAUAACGACAAAGUAGAUGACGCAAAUGAUGUUGACUCGGACAAUCGUAGUUUUAGUAGGCAGGAGUCUGUAAUCAGCUGGGCAGGUGACGAUGAAGAGCAGGUGAAUUCGAGAAGAAGCGCAGAUGGUGGAUCGCGUAUUAUUCAUCGGAAGGGUGUGAGAGUUAGCCGUGAAGUGGAAUCACAUAGACGCACAAUUAGAGAGAACAGACAGAAGGCGUUUGACUCUGACGACUCUGACGAAGAUGGACCGCCCGGUAAUCAGCAGAGCUUGGUGCCACCUCAUCCUCUUGAUGUUGACAUGGGCGAUCAGGAUGAAGAUGAUCUUGAGCUUAUGUCUAGCCAAUUAGAGACUAAGGUUCUAGAAAUACCUAGCAGUAUGGUUGAGAUCAACAAGGAUGUUAUUGUCCUGUCUAGUGAUGAUGAAGAUGAAGAUGAGGGUAACCAGGGUGGUUCGAAGAUGCCUCCUCAAACAGUCAAUCCUCGCACUCGCACUAGCGCUUCCUCUCACAGUGGCACUCCUCCUCCAAACCAGCCAAGUCAACAAAGAAAUUCCUCUUUAUUCGACUCGAAUCAAUUUCAACAAAUUCAUAUCAGCCUUCCAUUGACUCAUCUGACACCUCCACCAACUCCACAUAUUCCACGUUCGCGUUCCAGUGGCCCUACUGCCAAUCGCGUGUAUGAUACCAUCAAUAGAGAAAGGUUUAGACGCACUGACGAUAAUGGCUACUACCAAGACGAGAACCAAAUCGGGGAAGAAAGAGUCGAAAGUGAUAAAUUAAGCCAGAGCGAUGACGAGUGGAAUAUGGAUGAUGAGGUACCUGAGAAGCGUUUACGAAUGUCUAAUAAGGCACGUAAUCUCAGAAGAUCUAAUCUAGGUAUGAUUGACGAGGCUAAAAGAAUGCAGAAUAAACGCCAUAGACACCACCUGAGGCAAGCAAAGCCACGUGAUCUUCUACCCAAUGGUCGAAGGAUUAAGAGAAAGACAAGGCCUUAUGAAGAAGAGUUGAUCAUACGCUACAUGGUUAACAGAUAUCGUCUCGAAAGAUGGAAGUUCAACAACAAUACAGCAGAAUAUGCAGAUGUCGACAAAAGUCAAUUUCGCUACGUCACUGUGCCCUAUAAGUGUUAUGCGCAGAUGGUCAUCGACCAUGGGUAUCGCGGCAACUUCAGUCAGACACUUUCAGAAAGAAAUAACAUUGAUAUUAAAGAUAUCGUCCGGAAGUACAAUGAACGGCAUCUAAGGAACGGUAGAAAGCUUCACCCGGCGCUGCGCAAGACGACGGGCACAUACAAAGCAAAUUGGGAUACCGAUUUCUUGCAAGACACUGAUCUGGAAGACGAACGGGAAAAAGACUUUGUUUCUGAGAGGCAAUUAGCACAAGAUGUGAUAGAUCUUUACCCGCAAGUAAUUGACGAGGGACUGAAUAUUCCUGAUAGAGAUGCCGAAAAUACUUCAGCAGUAGUGAGUCCGAGGUUAAGUGGUAAACGCCAACGCAAAGGAAAGAGCCAGAAUCCAAGUAACGUAAAGCGUAGGCGUUUGAGUGAGUCUGGUGCAGCGGCAAAUACAUUGCACACUACAAAUCCAGUUCAGCUAGAUGGACAAAAUAAGCCAAGUCAGGCAGUUCAGCCAGAGCAGUUGAAUCAGUUAGAGCACCCUUUUUUCUACGAUAAGAAUGCAUUUGGAUAUGAAACUGAAGUUCCGCAGAGUGAGGAUGGAGAAGUAGAUGAUGGGAAUAUGGAUCGAAUAGAGAGGGAUGGAGAAGAGAGGGAGGAUAAUGACGAUCAACUACAUGCAGCAAGUGAGAAUGGAAUACAACGGUUAGCAGCAUCAGAUGCUAAUGAAUAUGGACAAGAUGAGAAUGAAAUUGGUCAGAACAUAGAGCGGGGCAUGUUAGAGGAAAAUGAGAUCCACCGAGUACCAGCGGCAGACGCAAGUCAAUUAGAAGCCACAGAUCAACUCCAACUUGAAAGAGCAAAUAAAGACGUAGAAUGGUAG